AUGGGCGCAACCCUGUUUCAUCGUUCCAUCCUCGAGGUCCGGCUACCAAAGCACUUUGAUAAGCCGACAGACAUGAGGUACGACGGAACCCAAGACCCCCAGGAGCAUCUUACGACCUUCGAGGCCAGAAUGAACUUGGAGGGAGUAGGCGACGAAGUAAGGUGUCACGCGUUCCCGGUCACUCUGGCAGGACCUGCAAUACGGUGGUUUAACAGCCUCCCGCAGGGCUCUGUUGCCAGUUUUUCGGACAUUAGCUGCGCUUUCUUGUCCCAAUUCACUACCAGAAUUGCGAAGGCGAAACACCUGAUAAACUUACUCGGGAUAACACAAAGGCCCGGUGAGCCAACCAGAAAAUACUUGGACCAGUUCAACGAUGAAUGUUUGGAGAUCGACGGGCUAACUGACUCGGUGGCUAGCUUGUGUUUGACGAAUGGACUCCUAAACGAGGAUUUCAGGAAGCACCUCACCACGAAACCGGUAUGGACGAUGCAAGAGAUCCAAAGUGUGGCCAGGAAAUAUAUUAACGAUGAAGAAGUCAGCCAAGUCGUGGCAGCCAACAAACGGCAGCCGGCCUACAACCAACCCCGGCAGCACGGUGGUGGGGAAAGGCCGAAGGAGCACGCCAGAGACGGCGGGUCGAGCAAGACAUCCAGGCCGUUUCCCCGAGUCGGAAAAUUCACCAACUACACCCCCCUCAUCGUUCCCAUCGUAGAGGUUUAUCAGCAAAUAGUUGAGAAAGGAAUUCUAUCGAAGCCUCGACCUCUCAAGGACAGAACCGGGGGAACAAGAGCCUCUAUUGUGAUUAUCAUAAGGGCUAUGGACACAAGACACAAGACUCUUUCGACCUGA